AUGAAAACCACUGGAGAGUAAGAGAGUUAGGGUUUCUUGACUCUCCAUUUCUGCUCGAUCUUCAUUUACGUAGCAACUUCCGACGAAGGCCAACCCGCACUCCUCUGCCCAACGUCAAAGUCCAUCUGCAGAGUAGCACUCCGCCGCAGCACCGUAUUGGAUACUCGAGCCUGUACCAAUUGAAGUUUGUUAAAUUAAAUUUUAAGCAAAGGUCAGCAUGCAAGGUUUUCCUGGUGAAAGUGAACAUGCUCUGUCAGUUGUUGGUCCAAGGCCAAUGGAAUGGUCUACUGUUCCAUACAAUGCUCCCCGUGUUCCUGGGCCAAAUGGAAAGCAGCGGACCUCAAGUUUGGAAUCUCCAAUCAUGUUGCUGACUGGUCAUCAGAGCGCAGUAUAUACCAUGAAGUUCAAUCCAACGGGGUCAGUUGUUGCAUCUGGAUCGCAUGACAAAGAAAUUUUCCUUUGGAAUGUGCAUGGGGAUUGUAAGAACUUUAUGGUUCUAAAAGGUCACAAGAAUGCGGUUUUAGAUCUUCACUGGACAUCAGAUGGGACACAGAUAGUCUCUGCCAGCUCUGAUAAAACACUGAGGUUAUGGGAUACAGAAACAGGAAAACAAAUCAAAAAGAUGGUAGAGCAUCUCUCAUAUGUCAACAGUUGUUGUCCUUCCCGGAGGGGGCCACCUCUUGUUGUCAGUGGCUCCGAUGAUGGAACGGCGAGAUUAUGGGAUAUGCGUCAAAGGGGUUCCAUCCAAACAUUCCCUGACAAAUACCAGAUUACGGCUGUCAGCUUCUCUGAUGCCUCAGAUAAGAUCUACACUGGUGGUAUUGAUAAUGAUGUCAAGGUAUGGGAUUUGCGUAAAGGCGAGGUUACUAUGACACUUCAAGGUCAUCAGGAUAUGAUUACUAGUAUGCAAUUGAGUCCUGAUGGUUCCUACCUUCUUACAAACGGCAUGGAUUGCAAGCUUUGCAUUUGGGAUAUGCGUCCAUAUGCUCCACAAAAUCGAUGUGUGAAGAUUUUUGAAGGGCAUCAACACAACUUCGAAAAGAACUUGUUGAAAUGUGGCUGGUCACCUGAUGGAAGCAAGGUCACAGCUGGGAGUUCUGAUCGAAUGGUUUACAUUUGGGAUACCACUUCUCGAAGAAUAUUGUAUAAGCUUCCUGGGCACAAUGGAUCUGUUAAUGAGUGUGUUUUUCAUCCCAGUGAACCUAUUGUUGGAUCUUGUAGUAGUGACAAGCAAAUUUAUCUUGGGGAGAUAUGAAGCACGGCGUUUAAAUGAAAUGAACAUGUUGGUGCUUUUUACAAUCAUUAGGAAGUGUACACUUUAGAAGUGCUGAAUUCUUAUGCUGUGUAAUAUUCUGGCGUAAACGUUGUCUCCUGCUUUUGUUGCUAAUUAAUGUGUUUUGGAAUUUACAUUGUUCACUGUUUCAUACUGAACUGCGGGGCCUUUUGGUUUGAUCUUGUAACUGUAGUUGAUAAAUACUCCUCUUUGGUUGAAAUUACUUAUUAGUACCAAGUAUAGAAAUGACAUAUUCGUCAUCGCCA